CCCCGCGGGAGAGCCCAGCGCCCCCGUCGUCCGUGUUGCGUGUUGUUGAGACGCGCCAAAAGGCAAAAGGGUAGGCAGCGUGGGGAGGCUGAGGCAGGCACAAGCACGAGCACGCGAUCCACCACGCACACGGCAAGCAACAAGGCACAAGGCUCCUCCGGCUCGUGCUCGCCCCGCGCCCUCCACUCCGAAAGAUCUGCUGCCUCUCCGCUCUCCGGGCUAGUUUGCUGGUGACUCGGAGCGGGGCGCGAUGAGCUGCGGGGGGCAGGCGGGCGGGUGGCUGCUGGACUAUGGGCUGGUGGAGGAGGAGAUCCAGGGUUCCGAGUUCAUGUACAUGGUUGACGACCCGGCCGUCUCCAGCGUGAUACUGGGGUUCGAUGCUCCCAGGAAGGAGGACGGCGUCCAGGACAACCCCGGCGCCAAGAAGAGAUCCCGGCCGGAGUCCAGCGCCCCACCCGGCACCAAGGCUUGCCGUGAAAAGCUCCGGAGAGACAGGCUCAACGAAAGGUUCAACGAGCUCUGUGCUAUCUUGGAGCCCGGCAAGCCACCAAAGGCUGACAAAGUCGCCAUUCUAAGCGACGCUGCCCGUCUCCUGAGCCAGCUGCGCGCCGAGGCCCAGAAGCUCAAGCAAUCGAAUGAAUCGCUUCAGGACUCCAUCAAGAGCCUCAAGGCUGAGAAGUCUGAGCUGCGUGACGAGAAGACGAGGCUGAAGGCCGAGAGGGAGAGGCUGGAGCAGAUGCUCAAGGGUGUCAGCGCCGCGGCUGCUCCGGCGCCCUUCGUCCCGCACCCUGCCGCCACCGGACCUUCGUUCCACCCGGCGGCGUUUGUGCAGGCCGGCAAGUUCGUCACGUACCCCAGCUACGCGCCACCGCCGGCGUUCUGGCAGUGGAUACCGCCGACGUCCCUGGACACGUCCAAGGACCCCGCGCACUGGCCGCCAGUCGCCUAGUCCACCAGCUGAUGAUCGUGGCAUCAUUGAUCGGUGAUGCGUCGCCGCGUGUACUGAACUUGCGCGUGGUGCAGAAUUUGACCGAAGCACGCCUGAAGAAAAACUUCGGGGGGUGCUGAUUGUGUAGCAGUGUUUGUGCUUGUGUCGUGGAUAAAGAUCAGUGAGUGACGGGAUAUACUAAAAUUCAGCUGAUCAUUGCCGAUUGGAGAAAGUCUAUGUAACAGCCCUAAUUUUAAAGUAAUGAAGGUGAUAUGAUUAAAUCA